GUGCGACCUCGUACUGGUGCAUGACUGCCUGAAAGAAUUUUGCUUGAGAAGUCAUGUCCUUGUACCUGGCACCUACCUUUGCUACGCGCUUCCUUCCUUCCAUUGGCCGCUGCUGCAUCGUUCUUGCUCAUACGUAAACGAGCCCUCGCCGUCGAGCUCGAAAGCUUGUCCUGAACCUCUCACGUCUUAGAUCCGCACCUAACGCCGUACAUUGUUAAUGCAAGCCAAGUACCUGCUCGUGUGCCGACACUACUGUCACUGAUCACCACCAUCGCGAGCCGGAGCUGUCUCCCUCUACCACAUUGAGGAUCGGAUGCAGCCUCCAAUAUGGAGAACGACAAGCCAGAGCAGAAACCUCAUGUGGCGUCAGAGGAGGUAGAAGAACGACGGGGCUCGUACAUGUCCUUUGAGCACCCACUCUCGCCAACCUCAACAUCGUCCGAUACAGCAUCAACAGUUUCCCGACCUUCACUCCACAGUCGGAACAGUCGCGACUUCGCAAAUGGACUUUACAAUGACCUGUCGAGAACCUCGUCGACCAAUGCUGUUGGCGGGGUUGUGCCAACCAUGGACCGAACCUGGACACAAGGUACUGCGGGCACCACUGGAACCCAGGACAUAGCGUUCGAAGUCGACUUCGAGGAAGACGAGAAGGCGAACCCCCAGAACUGGCCAUUGUGGUACAAAGGCAUUGUCAUAGCAAUCUUCAGCUAUGCCACGACUUCCACAGUCCUCUACUCCACGAGCUAUACGAGCGCUAUUCCUGGCAUGCAGAGAGAGUUCAACUUGUCGACCAGCGAGGGUAUCCUUGGUGUCACUACAUAUCUGUUGGGUAUGGCCACAGGUUCAGUCAUUUUGGCGCCGCUCAGCGAGAUGUAUGGCAGAAGACCUGUCUACCUGAUUACGAUGUUGUUGUUCACGAUCCUUGUAAUCCCAUGCGCUGUCGCGCAGAACAUCGCCACGAUUCUGGUCGUUCGUUUCUUUGGAGCUUUCUGUGCUGCAGCCAUGAUCAGCAACGCGCCGGGUACGGUCAGCGAUAUAGUGGACGAUGAACACCGAGCCCUGGCUUUUUCCGUCUGGAGUAUAGGCCCCAUGAACGGCCCGGUCAUUGGACCCGUAGUUGGAGGUUUUGUGUAUCAAUACCUGGGAUGGCGCUGGACAAACUGGGUCGUGGUCAUAGUAGGAGGAGUGGCCUGGGCUCUCGUUGCAAUUGUGCCCGAAACAUAUGCGCCAAAACUUCUUCGACAAAGAGCAGCAGCGCGCAGAAAGGAAACCGGAAGCGACAAGUACUGGAGUCGAUACGAUGACAAGAUGAAGUUUGUACCACUGCUGAAGAUCAAUCUGACGCGACCAUUUGUACUCGCAGCGACGGAGCCGAUCUGCUGGUUCUGGAACAUCUAUAUUGCCCUCGUUUACGGAAUCCUAUAUCUAUGCUUCGUCGCAUAUCCGAUUAUCUUCGCAGAUAUCAGAGGCUGGAGCCCAGGUUUCACCGGUCUCUCGUUUGCAGGAAUUGGCGUCGGUUCAAUGAUAGUCAUCGUCAGUGAGCCAUUGAUUCGUCGCAUGAUCAAUGCACACAAGAAAGAUCCCGAGACCGACCGACCGUAUCCAGAAGCUAUGGUGUCCGUCGUUUGUAUCGCAUCGAUUCUCAUUCCGGUCGGUGAGAUCUGGUUCUCAUGGACUUGCACCCCCGAUAAGGCGCAUUGGAUUGUGCCUAUACUUGCUGGCAUUCCAUUUGGCGCGGGCAAUGGCGGCGUGUUCAUCUACGCGUCGAACUAUCUGGUACAAAGUUACGGCAUCUACGCUGCCUCAGCGCUGGCCGGGAAUGCAGUUCUCCGAUCAAUAAUGGGUGCAACACUGCCCCUAGCAGGCCCGUCGCUAUACGCAACCCUUGGACCGAAUUGGGCAGGAACGCUUUUGGGACUGCUCGAAGUGGCGUGCAUACCUAUCCCGUUCAUCUUCUACAAGUACGGUCACAAGAUCAGAGAAAAGUCAACUCUGAUCAGACAAAUGGCAGAGGACCGACGCAAGCGAGAAGCCAAGCAGAAGAGGGCAGCAGACAAGCUGACGAAAAGAAUGGACCCGGAAGCCAGUGCUGGCGCAGGUAUGGGAACUGGUGCGGCAGUCGAUGAGUGCAUUGAUCUAGAAAAGGAUCUCGAGAAGGGUGUUCAUCAAAAGGCGUGAUAACAUGAUUCAUUGGGAGGCAUAGCGAUGGCUUGAGCAUUUCACAGCAGGUCCAUUACCAGUUACGACUUCGACGAUAUACGCGGCCAGACCUGAUGGAUUGAUGAGCGUUAUGAUAAAGGACCAGAAGGAGCAUACAUCGUUUAAUAGACUAUGCAUCGCAGCAAAUAUUCAUGUUGCUUUGAGGCC